AUGAGCUCCCCCUUCUCCAUCAAUGGCGGUGCCUGCGUUGCAAUGGUCGGCAAGGACUGCGUCGCAAUAGCCUGCGAUCUCCGUCUCGGUCUCCAGGCCCUGACCGUCUCCAACAACUUCCCCAAGAUCUUCCAGUACGGCGACGUCUUCCUGGGCCUCACCGGCCUCGCCACCGACGUCACUACCGUCGGCGACCUCUUCCGCUACAAGGUCAACAUGUACCGCCUCCGCGAGGAGCGCAACAUCGCCCCUACCACCUUCGCCAACCUCGUCAGCAGCUCCCUCUACGAGCGCCGUUUCGGCCCCUACUUCGUCUCCCCCGUCGUAGCCGGUCUCGACCCCAAGACGGGUAAGCCUUUCAUCUGCGGUUUCGACAGCAUUGGCUGCAUCGACUUCGCCAAGGACUUCAUUGUCUCUGGUACCGCCUCUGAACAGCUCUUCGGCAUGUGCGAGAGCUUAUGGGAGCCGGAUCUGGGCCCGGAGGAGCUUUUCGAAACGAUCUCCCAGUCUCUGCUGAACGCCGUUGACAGAGAUGCACUGUCUGGUUGGGGUGCGCACGUGUACAUUAUUGAGAAGGACAAGGUCACCAAGAGGCUGCUCAAGGGCAGACAAGACUAA